CACACCGUUACUUAUGAAAUUUGUAUAUAAUUCGAGAAUUUCUAUAAUUCAAGCACAUCCAGCAAAAUGUCUUUGACGAACUACUUCCUCUUUGGUUUUGUUUUUUGCGGGGCUCUUGCCGCAGAAAUAUCAGAGAUCAAUGAGCCCGAAGGCCGCGUCGUGGGUGGGUCAGACGCACCAGAUGGGGCUGUGCCAUACAUAAUAUCUCUACAGCGUUCAGAUUAUAAUAACAUCGCAACCUGUGGUGGUGCCAUCAUUGCUGACCAAUGGAUCCUCACUGCAGCACAAUGUGUCCGAGACGUAUCGCCAAAAGAUUUAAGCGUUUUGGCAGGAACAAACAGCAUAACGUCUGGAGGUACCAGAUACAAAGUUGACAAAAUUGUAAUUCACGAAAAAUUUAACGCGGAACAUAAUCUUUAUGAUAUUGCUCUGUUGAGAACCACAGAGAAGAUUCAAUUUACCGAAAAAGUUAAAGCUAUCGAAAUAGCCACGGAAGAUCCCAAACCAGGAGACAAGUGUAAAUUAUCUGGAUGGGGAUACCACGACCAAAGGGGAAGACGCAGUCACGACAAAUUGCAAUGGUUGGACGUAAAAAUUAUAUCCGAGGAAGACUGUAAAGCUAAUGAAAUAUUAAAACGCGCUGAAAAGAAUUUCCCUAUUACUGAAAGCCACAUCUGUACUCUUAACAAGAAAGGCGAAGGUACUUGCAAAGGUGAUUCUGGUGGAUCCUUGGCGUGCAACAACAAAUCUGCUGCUAUCGUCUCAUUUAACGUUCCGUGUGCUCGUGGAGUGCCUGAUGUCUACACGAGAACCACCAGCUACUCCAAGUGGAUUAAGGACAACAUGGAGGCUAAUAAGCCCUAAUUAAGUCCCGACAAUUGAUGUUUUAGAAUUAUUUCUUAAUAUCAAUAAAUGUUAUGUUAUCCUAAA